GGUGGUCCUUGGUCAUAUGAUGUUGUUAGCCGAGGCUGAGGAGCAGCAACAUCUGAGCUAAAUCACAGCCCACAUCACUCCCUACGUUGAAAGGCGCCUGCAGCUGACACGCCACCAACCAUCAGGCAGAAUGUCGUACGGGUCCAUUGACGGAGGCUCUUUUGGCAGUCGCAACCCAUUUGGAGGUCCUACGAGGCAGGGUUACCAGCCAGUAGCCACACAGGUCAGCCCCUCAGAACUGCAAGAUGUGUUUCAGGAGACCUCCUCCAAUAUCUUCCAGAUCAACGCCAACGUUGUUACACUAGAGAAGAAUCUUCAGUCACUGGGGACAUCUAGAGAUACAGCAGAGUUACGGCAGAGUCUACACUCCAUGCAGCAGCAAACCAACAAAGUCAUCACCAGCACAAGCCAGCUCAUCAAACAGCUCUCUGAUAUAAUCAGCGGUUCUUCACGGCAAGACCGUCUGCGCCUGACCAGACUAAAGACUGAACUCUCAGAGUCUGUGCAGCGUUAUGGGGAUCUACAGAAGAAAAUUGCAGAGCGCUCAAGGGCCUUGCUCCCUCCAGCACAGAAAGACAAGCGGAAGAGUCCUCAGACCCCGUCCACUGAACAGAUGGAUGAGGGUCCACUGUUUGGAGAAGCGGUAGUCUCGGAGGGAGGAGCUCAGGCCUUCCUGUCUGAGAUCAGUGAGGAGGACGUGGAGGUGCUUCGCCAAAGAGAGGAAGCCCUGCUGCAGAUUGAAAGGGACAUGCUGGACGUCAGUCAAAUCAUGAAGGAUCUGGCCAGUAUGGUCCAUGAACAAGGAGAUGCCAUAGACAGCAUCGAAGAUUACAUCCAGACUGCAUCAUCCAACGUGGAAUCAGCCAAUCAGGAGCUUGCAAAGGCCAACCAAUACCAGAGGCAGCUGAGGAAGAGGAAGUGCUACCUCCUGGUGACCGGAGCAAUUGUCCUCACCAUCCUCAUCAUCAUCAUUGCUGUUUCGGCAAGAAAAUGAGACUGGCCACCGUGGUAGCUGCUGUCAUUACAGUGUCACCACAGCGCUCCUGCCCAGUCUGAUCCCUGACCUGAGCAGCUGGUUUCCAGUAGGAGGGAGCUGCCCUGCAAGAACAUGUCUACUCCAUCAUCCCUGCCUCUGUUUACAUGUGGACCAGUCUGGGGAUGGAGGCCUUUCUCAGCAUAACAAUUUGUCAAGAGUUAGCCCCAGUCUGAGCCUCUCAUGUAAUCAUCAUUGUGCUUUUUGUUUUAAUGCUGUGGAUGUUUUCUGUGACUUGAAUGUUAUCAUCAAAGCUAUAGUCACAAAUGUGAAUUUACCCUUCGUAAGUCCCGCCCCUUUUUGGCUCUGUCCUCCAAUAACAGUUGAGCAAGCCUUGAUCAGAACCUCGGUCAACCUUUUCUGGACUGAGGUAUGCUAUGUGCUUGGCUCAUCUGUGUUGAAAAGACAACCACAUUUUAAAGAUGAUUUAAAAAAUAAAAGCGAUAUACUACAUCUUAACUGAGCUAGCUAAUAUUAGCAAAAUUAGUAUUAUUAUUAUCUAGCUAAUCUAAUCUGAUCAAUUGUUUGCUAGUUACAUCUGAAAGCUAAUGAUAGCAAAAGGUAACCAGCCUGUUAAUUUACAUUAUUUGUUAGUUCGCUAGUUAGAAAAUUUUAUGCCAACAUUAGCUAACUUAAUAGGUGAAUAUAUAUUACUUUUAUCUUUUUAACCAUUUUGAAAAUUCUGUGAAAAAUCAGUGACCUAUUAUUGGAGCACAGAGCAAAAAGGGGCAGGACUUAGGAGGGGACAAUAGCUUGUUUGUAGGUGACACCAUGUCACUGUGUUCUUGUGGCGCAAACUGCUGAUGGAAGGCAUGAAGUGCUUUUCUCGCAGGAAGCAUUAUCACAAACACUCAAAACCAGAAAAUGCAGGUAAAACAGAAAAUGCAAGUACUUCUGUUGACGGGGCAGCAGCAAAACGUAGCCUAUUUUAAACUAUCUAUAUAGGGUUAGUUGUACACUAUAUUCAGAAUAUUUUCACCACUUUACCUUGCCGUCAGACAGCACCUUUCAAACAGGGAACUGAAGCCAUUAUAUCCAUCUAUGCGCUCUUCAAAGCCAGACCCCUUUGACAAUAACAGUCAUUUUACCUUGUCACAAACAAACUAAGCGAUUGAAGGAGCGGUAGACCAGGAACUCCCGUGUACUGCAGGGUUAAAGUAAUGUUUUUAUCAAAAUAAGUCUGGUGGCUUUGAACGUGAACUAAAUUUCACGCUUCCAUCAGAAUCACGUGACUGCAAACAAGCUAUUCGGUGAUUAGAUCAGAGGCACGAGCUGGGGUGUUUUAUGUCUUGGUACAUGAAGGGUUAUAGUUGUAUAUCACACACCUUUCAGCUCCUAACUUGUGUUUUAUCAGAUAAGCAGAUGAAAGUGGAACAGGAGUUUCAGGGUGAGACGAGGCAGCUUUAGCUUUACUGUCUUUACUGCUGUACUGUAUGCUCUGUUUCUUUUAUGUAUUUUUACUGAAUUUAACUUAAUAUUUAUCAGCUUGUAGUGUAAUUUAAGCAGUAUUAUACUGUAGCGUUUGUAUUUAGUAACUAUUGUUUGACCAAAUAUAUCUCCCCAAAUAAAAGUCUAAGUUCAGGAGCAAGAGAAA